AUGUCGGCCACAAUCACAAAGAAGAAAUGUGGUGUCCUCGGAGCCACAGGCUCUGUAGGCCAACGAUUCAUUCUCCUCCUUGCUGACCACCCAAAUCUGGUCCUACACAAAGUCGGCGCCUCGUCUCGCUCCGCCGGAAAGAAAUACAAGGAUGCUGUGAAAUGGAAGCAGGCCAUGCCCAUGUCCAAGGAGCUCAGCGAGUUGGUUGUCCAAGAAUGCACGGCGGAGAACUUUGCAGACUGCGAUCUUGUGUUUUCCGGAUUGGACAGUGAUAUUGCAGGUGAUGUUGAAAUGCAAUUCAUCAAAGCUGAAAUCCCCAUCUUCUCCAACGCCAAAAACUACCGCAAACACCCUCUUGUCCCCCUCGUUGUUCCCACCGUCAACCCCUCCCAUCUCGAUCUCAUCCCCUAUCAACGCAAAGAAUUCGGCCUCAAGAAGGGUUUCCUAGUGUGCAACUCCAACUGCGCCGUUAUCGGAAUUGUCAUACCUUUUGCCGCUCUACAGGCCAAAUUUGGUGCUGUUGAAGAAGUUGAGGUCUUUACGGAGCAAGCCGUUUCGGGUGCUGGAUACCCCGGUGUUCCCUCGAUGGAUAUCAUGGAUAAUGUGAUUCCAUUCAUCAGCGGAGAAGAGGAUAAGCUCGAGAACGAAGCACAGAAGAUUCUGGGCAGUGUGAAUGCCGAGGCUACAGCCUUCCAGGAACAAUCCGGUCUACGUGUGGGUGCUACAUGUACGCGUGUCGGUGUGACAGAUGGCCAUAUGGCGUUUGUCUCGCUACGAUUCAAGAACAGAGACUCCAUCCCCAGUGCGGAACAGGUCAAGCAGGCGCUACGAGAAUACCAGUCUGAGGCUCAAAAGCUGGGCGCUCACUCCGCGCCCGAACAUGCGAUUGUGGUCUUCGAUGAGCCUGAUCGUCCUCAACCACGACUUGAUCGUAACAUCUCCGGUGGAUAUGCGGUCAGUGUUGGACGUGUCCGUGAAGGCGCGCCCGGAGGCCAUUUUGAUAUUCGGUUUGCUUGUUUGUCGCACAAUACUGUGAUUGGGGCUGCGGGGUCGUCUAUUUUGAAUGCGGAGGUUGCGAUCAUCAAGGGAUACAUUUAA